AUGUCGCGAUCAACGGAUCCAGGCCACUUCUUCCAGACUGAUGCUUCGGAAUCUACUCGAGCUCGCAGAGCCGCAAAGUCGGGAAAUAAAAACGGCAACCCGAUAGUCCUCCAGUCAAAAAUCCUGAGUGUAACUCCUGAUCCAUUUUCGCCAGCAUGUAUUUACAUUGCAGAGAGUGCAGGGUGCGUGCGCAGAGUAAACAUUGAAACCAGAGAUUCAAAAACAGUUUACAGAGGCCCAACUGCUCCUGUUACUUCUGUUGCUGUUGGUGGUCAUGGAGGAUCUACUAUAUUCGCAGGGUGCUGGGACAAGGAUAUAUGGACAUGGAAUAGAGAAAGCAGAAGUCUGGGGAAGAAAUUUAAGGGCCAUUCAGAUUUUGUGAAGGUUGUCAUCGCAGGAAAGGUCGAGGGGAAAGACAUCCUUAUAUCCGGCGGUGCAGACUCCAAGAUCAUCGUAUGGGACUCUACAACAGGUGAAAGACUGCAUACAUUACGCGACAAGAGCGACAACAUGAUGGCUGUACAGGAUCUGGCACUCGAUCCUGUAGAAUCAACCGUUGCGGAGCUCGUCCUUGUGUCUUCGAGCAGCGAUCCCCAUAUCCGUAGAUGGCGUAUAAGCCUUUCCUCUGCGGCACAGAUAUUUGAUUCGGUACAGGAAGAGUCGACUCAGAACAAGGUAACUCGAGACACGAUCCUCGAGCAUGAGACCAGCGUCUAUCAGAUAUCAUUCUCUGGUGAAGAGGAUGAUGUCGACCUUUGGACAGCAAGUGCAGACGGAACUGCAAAAUGCCUCUCGAGAGCACGGAAUUGGAGUGCAGAAGACUCCUACCAGCAUGGCGACUAUGUACGAGCCGUGGCCGUCACAGACGAUUGGGUUAUAACUGCAGGACGAGAUGAAGAUGUGAAAGUCUGGGAUCGAGCAACAGGAAAAUUGUGGCAUACCUAUGAAGGCCACUAUGAGGAAGUGACCGGUCUGGUUGUCUUGGAAGACGGGAGAAAAGUCAUCAGUGUCAGCAUUGAUGGCACUGUGCGAACCUGGGGACUGGGUAGAGCAGAUCUUGAGAAAGCAAGGAAGGAAAGAGAAGAAGAGUCAAAGGGAGUCGUUAAAGAUGAGAAGGUGCCGGAGAAAAAGAGUCUUCUCACAGCAGAGGAAGAAGCCGAACUGGCCGAACUGAUGGAUUCUGGGGAUGAAUGA